AAUCGGACGAGCAGUCAAGAAACAUAUUAUGAGCUAUGUUUAAGUGGGUGUUUAAGUUUUUGUCAUUUACUUUGGCUGUGUGGAUAGUAUCGCUACUCACUAUUAUAAGAGAGUACAGAGCACAUAACAGAGUAGUGUUCAGUACUAAAAAUGAUUUAUAUGAACAAGCGUUGGAAAAAUUUCGAAGGAAAUUUGAACCGAUGAAUAUAAGUUCGGAGUUUCGAGCAUGGCAAAUACUUCCCAUCCAAAAUACUGGGUUGACAGAUGGUGAAAUAAAAAAGAUUAUUAAAAACUACGAAUAUCCUCCAGGUGCUGAAGGUAAACCUGUUAUCCUAAAUGACCAAUUAAGGUAUUAUAUUCGACAAGAUAUCCAUAAGGGCUGGAGAGACUAUGGCUUUAAUAGUUUUGUAAGCGAUUUGAUCCCAAUAAACCGGACUUUAGCGGAUCCUAGAGGAGAAUGGUGCAAGACUCAAAACUUUUCAUCGGACUUACCUAAAGCUACGGUUAUAAUCUGCUUCUACAACGAAGCAUGGUCUACUUUGAUGAGAACAAUAUCAUCGGUACUGAACAGAAGUCCAUCGCAUUUAGUGGAAGAAGUGAUAUUAGUGGAUGAUUUUUCAGAUAAGGACCACCUCAAAAAGAAAUUAGACGACUACGUGCGUGAUACACCAAAAAUAAAAUUGAUCCGUGCAACUAAACGUGAAGGAAUUAUUAGAGCAAGAUUGUUGCCAAUAGAGGAUGUGAAGACGCCUGUUAUUAUUUAUCUUGACAGUCAUUGUGAGUGUGCUGAUGGAUGGCUGGAGCCACUGUUACAGUGUAUCAAAGAAGACCCAACUAGAGUAGUAAGUCCAGUAGUCGACCAUAUCCACGAUACAACUUUUGAAUACAUUUCACAAACAAUUGAUGAACUAAGACUUGGUGGAUUUGAUUGGAACCUCAAAUUUGAGUGGAUCGGUGUACCACGAGCAGUAAUAGAAAAACGAACUAACAUAUAUGCUCCCAUAGCCACUCCGACGAUUUCUGGUGGUCUCUUUGCAAUACACAAAGAUUUUUUCAAAAAAAUUGGCUACUACGAUAAAGGAUUAGAAAUAUGGGGUGCAGAAAAUUUGGAACUGUCCUUUAAGACUUGGAUGUGCGGUGGUUCUUUAGAAAUAGUUCCUUGCUCCCACGUCGGCCAUAUUUUCAAAAAGAAGAUACCUUAUGAGGGCACGCAGAAAAUUAUAACGAGAAAUCACGUGCGGUUGGCGAAGGUCUGGCUUGAUGAAUACGCAAAAUUUUUUUUCGAAAGAAUCGGUAAUGAUUUAGGAGACUAUGGGAACAUUUCCUCACAAAUAGAACUUCGCAAGAAGAUAAAUUGCAAAUCGUUUAAGUGGUAUUUAGAAAAUAUUUAUCCACAAUUGGAAUUGCCUGAUGAAAAUAUUGCUAAUGGUGCAAUUUUUAGUAUUGGCAAUCCCGGUCUAUGUUUGGAUGCUCACGUACCAUCUGUAAAUAAUGAUGACACUGUAAAACUAUUGCCUUGUCAUUUUCAAGGCGGUGAUCAGUUCUGGACGUACAGUUUACAAGGAGAAAUAAAACGCGACCAUCUAUGUCUGGACUACUUGUUUAAUACAAUCACAUUAAUUUUCUGUCGCAACGCAGCUUCACAAGUGUGGCUGUAUAAUGGAACAACACAGGUCAUAAGGCACAAGAAGACUAAACAAUGCUUGAACAUAGGAAAUUUCCCAGAAGGUUUGAAGCUAGUGUUAUCGGAAUGCUCGCAUUCAUCAUCGCAGAAAUGGGUCAUGGAACAUUUUAAUUCUGAAAAACUUACUCCACUAGUGCAGAAUGAAUUAACACAACGCCACAAUUUGACCACAUUAACUGAAAAAAAUAAGAUAUUAUAGAUA